UGGUCGAGUGCGCGUCUGAUGUUUACCUUUUCCGUGGCCUGCGGAGAGCUGCGGAAGGAGCAUCCUGCGAACUUCCCGGUGCCUUUUCUCGAGCCCACAACGCGUUAGCCUGUUAUAUAGCUGCCAUUUAUCCAAACGAGGAAUCCACACUAGAAUACCACGAUCUACGAUGCAGGAUUUGCUGAAAUCUACGGCCAUGCUGAGCUCUGAGCAGGCCCUGAGUGAGCUGCUGAUGCGCAAGGAGGAGGAGUGGCGGGUACUGCAGGCCCAGCACAGCAGACUACAGGAGGCGGCUCUGCAGGACACUCAGCGACAGCUGGAGGAGGCACAGGGGAAGCUGCGGCGCCUUCAGGAAGACUUCGUCUACAACCUGCAGGUGCUGGAAGAGCGGGACCAUGAGCUGGAGCGCUAUGAUGCUGCAUUUGCCCGGGCCAGGGGGCAGGAGGAAGCCAGGCAGGCAGAGAUGAGCGAGCUCAAGGUAGAGGUGGCCAAGCUGAAGCAGGAGCUCGCCAGAGAAGUCAGGCAUGUGGUGGAGCUGCAGGAGCAGCUGCAGCUCAGGUCACAGGAGCAUCGCCUGGAGUUGGACCGCAUCCACAGUGACAAGAAUGAUGAGAUGGACCACCAGCGGGAGCAGUAUGAGAAUCUGAAGUGGAGGCUGGAGAGAAAACUUGAGCAACUCGAUGGUGAACUUGCUCUGCAGAGACAGGAGCUGCUGCUGGAAUUUGAAUCCAAAAUGCAGAAGCAAGAGCAUGAGUUCCGCCUGCAGGCCGACAGUAUGAGCAACACAGUCUUAGCCCAUGAACUCAAGGUCAAACUACUGAACAAAGAGCUGGAGGCACUGAAGGCAGCCGGAGCCCAGGCCACAGAGUGUCUGCAGAGGGCAGAGACAGCGAAUGCCGAGUUAGAGAAGAAGCUUCAGGGCUGCACUUGGGAGCUCCGGGACCUGGAAGCUGUGAAAGACGCCCGGAUAAAAGACUUAGAGGAUACCCUUCACUCCGUGCAGCUGACCAGGAAGAAAGAAGAAGAGAUGUUCAACAGGAAACAUGAGGAACUUGACCGUCUGGCCAGGGAGAGAGACGCAGUGUUGGUGGCAGUGAAGGGUGCCCACGUGGAACAGCUGCGGGAAUCAGAAGCCAGGGUGCAGGAGCUGCAGGCCCACUGUGAGAGCCUUGAGGUGCAGCUGCGCAGGGCUGAGUGGGCUCAGGCCGAUGCUGCCAAGGAGAAAGAUGCCGUCAUUGACAGGCUCCGGGAUGAGGCAGCAGCUCUGAAAGCAGGCUGGGAUGCCCAGGUUGCCCAAAUGUCCAAGGAGGCAGUCUCCAGAGACCUCCAGACCCAGAUGCUGCAGGAAGAGGAGCUGAAACUUAAGGCUCAACUGGUCAGAACCCAGCAGGACAUAGACAGGUACAAACAGCAGCUGUCCCAGGCUGUCGAAAGGGAACGGAACCUGGAGCGUGACCAGGUGCAGCUGGGCCUAGACUGGCAACGGCGCUGUGAUGACAUUGAGAGAGACCAGAUCCAGAGGUCAGAGGCCUUGAUCCAGGGGCUGACAAAGGCCAGAGAUCAGGUUGCUGCCAAGCUUCAGGAGACAGAGCAGGCCCUGCGGGAGCAGGAUGUGGUACUGAAGGCUAUAACCCUGGAGCGAGACAAGGCCAUGGAGGAGCUGCAGACAUGUGGGCUCCUCCCCAAACAGGAGCCACAGAUAUCCCUAAAGCAGCACAGAGAAGAAAUAAGUAAAGAUUUUCCAUCUAGGGAGAUCCAGCGGCUGCAAGAGCAGAACACAAGCUUGCGGAAUGCUGUCGCACAGAUGAGGCGGGAAAUGGAAAUGCUGAGCGACCGGAUGCCUCCUCCUGCGCAGUUAGCAAGGGACAGUGACGGGCCUGAUCCAGGAGCCGGAGGAGACGCGGCCCCUCAUUAUGUUCUGGCCCUUGAAGCCGAAGUGCAAGACCUAAAGCACAAACUGAAAGGCCUGGAAGAGCAGCUGGGAGGCAUGUGGGAGCCUGCGAGGAUACCUUCGGGCCCCGAUGACCCUCACCCCAGGGUCCGCUUCUCUGCAGAGGCUGCUGGAGACUCUGUCUGUGCUGGCCAAGCAUCCACUGGACUGGUGCUAAGGAAGCUCGAAGAUAGAGUGCAUCUCUUGAACUUGCUGGUAAUGCAGCUCAAAAAGAAGGUGAAGCAGCAGCCCCUGGAGCUGGACACUGUGCAGCAGGAGCUUCCCAAGGAGGUACACCAGGUGCACCUGGAGGUCCUGGAGCUGCGGAAGCAGGUGGCUGAGCUGGGGAAGCAUCUUGGGACAGCCCGGCAAGACCAAGGGGAGCCUUCAGACAGGAAGUCACUCAGAAAAGAGGGCCUCGCAGCGGGGGUGCCCGUGGGAACUGAGGACCAGGAGUCGCUCUCCAGGCACCCACAGCCCAGAGCACAGCCCCCACAAUCUGCAUCUGUGCCCCACCUGCAGCGGAAACUCAAGGAAGCCACCAGGAAGAUCCUCAGCCUCCACCUGCAGAGGGAGCAGCUCAUCGAGAUGGGGAACCGGUUGCGUGCUGAGCUGGGCCACUCCAAAGGGAGACUGCCUCGAUGUUCCCUACCUCCUGGCCCUGAGACCCUGGACCCAGGUGAUGCACCCACGGAGCCCUGGGAACCUCUGGGACAGUUACCACCCCACCUAGCAGCCCAGGACCUGAAACUCCCCACGACAGAGUGGGUUCCUGGCCAUGGGAGAAGGAGCCCGCCUAGCUCAGCACAGCCCAUCAGCAGAAACCCUGCCCUAAGAGGCUCCACAGCAGGCCCCACGGCGGGGCCCAAGCAGAGGCAACACAGAAUCCCCAUGGUGAUCUGCAAAUCAAGCCAUCAGAAAGAAAAUAGGGCCCCAAAGCCACCCCAGGUGCAAGCAGCCCCAGAGAAAAAUGGCCAUGAGAGCCUCGGAUCAUCCUCGCUGACCAACCAUUCCCUCCAGGAUACCUGGAGGUUGCUGGACCUGAGCUCUAGCCCUUCCGGCCUACCCUCCCAGGAUGAGUCGACUCCAGAAGGAGGCCACACAUCAUUACAUAAAAGAGUAAGCUCCAGUGACUGGAACAGAGAGGUUGGUUUCACAAAGAACCUGAAGAAAGAAAACCAAAGCGCACCCCGCGUGGGGGUUCCAGAGUUACUUUCCUUUAAGACAGAACAGGAAGACAGGGAAGAACAAGAGAGGCAUGAUGACUUCUCAGGACAGAAAUCUGCCUUGUGUUCUGAUAAAUGUGACCUAAGAAAUGCCCACAGCAUGCUGGGCAUGGUGGUGCACUCCUGUGAUCCCAGCUCUCAGAAGGCUGAGGCAGGAGGAUCCAGAGCCCAAGUCCUGCCUGGACAACUUAAGUCCCCAGCACCUCCAACAGCCCACAGCCACCAGGAAGCUGAAGGGAGCCCUGUUAGGAUGCCAUUUCUGGAGACCUUGGCCAUUGAGGGGAUGAAGAUGGCAGCACAGUCAAGGAGCAGACCCACCAGAUCCUCCACCUCUCAUUCUGCAAGACCUAAAAGCUGCCAGCUGCAUCCCCGGAUCCGCAACUACAACAUGAAGGACUGACUUCUUUGGCUCCUUGACACAGUGGACCCACAAGGGCCAGGAAUUGGGACUGUGCUUUUCCCUCCACAUCAAGGGUGGGUGCACACGUGGCAUGUAGUGGGGCUCGAGAGCUGCAAGGCAGGCUCCCAGAUACUGCUGAGACGGCCUCCUUAGAGGAUCACAGAGCUAUUAAAACCUCUCUGCCACA